AUGCGAGAUGAAGACGAUCUUCGGUUGAAGUGGUACGAUGCAGAUGUUGCAAAUUUGUACGCACGCUUAUCAGUAAUUUACCUUCUUGAUGAUAGGGGCGAGUCAGUCGGUGACUCGGCUGGGGCAGUAGAGGGAAAUACAGGCUUCAAGGUUGACGUAAGAGCUGUUCGAGACAACUUUUCGGCACUGCGAAACCGAAGGGAGUCGGACGCUGCCAACGUCGAAUUGGCAAGGGUGGGUGCUUCCCUCGGGAAAAUGUUUGGCGACAAAAUGAAGCUCUUGGUGGAGAGCAAGUGCGUUGUGGAUCGCACAGUUAAAGACAGCAAUCCAGAAAAAAUUGUGGCUGUUCCAGCCAUGCAGAUCACAGGGUUGCAUGCUGGUUUGUUUUCUGUACGUCUGGGUGCUCCGGGCCUUUAUGUCGCAGUCAGCGAAGGUACCUGCCAAUUGCCGAAGACAGCCGAUAUGCUUCGUGAUUUGCGGGAAGCAUACGUGUUGCUUCGAAAGUUCAAGGACGCGUCUGUGAAUCUUUCCAACGCAGCAAUUUAUGGCAACCGUUCAGACCACUCAAAGAAGGAUGAUCUACGCGACACAUGGAUGCCUCCAAGAAGUGGCACGAGGAUUUCGCCCUUGCCUAAAUAUAUGUUGGAAUCGGUCGAAGAGAGUAGCAUUUGA